GCAAUAUACAACUUUUUCUUUCCUUUUUCACUUUGUGCCAAAUUGAAAAACAUGAACUCUGAAGCGUAUCUCCAAGUACGGUAUGCAAUCGGAUAUCUUCAGAUUGUAAUCAGCUUGCUGUCAGUGAAAUUACAGCUAAUUGCUGAUUUGCACACACCCACAACUGCCCAAACAACACAAAUAAACACAUUAAAAACGAAUUUAACGAAUACAGUACAUAACAGAUGUACCCAUAAUUAAACAAGAAGAAUAAUGGCCCACAGAGUAAUGUGGAAGUUUUGGUUGUUAAAAGUAUUGAAGGGAACAGUUACCGUAUUUUCCGCACUUUAAAGCAAAUCAGAGUUUAAGGUGCUUCAUCAAUGAAUGGCCUAUUUUAAAACUUUCAUAUAUAGGACGCAUUGCAUUAUAAGGCGCAGUAGUAGUAGUGGUAUGGGUUGCGUUAAGCAUCCACUAGAUGGAACUGUGCUAAAAGGAAUGUGAAGGGAAAUCGCAUUGGAUUAUGAGGCGUGCUCUUGAGAAAAUUGAAGGCUUUUAGGUGCGCCUUAUCCUGCGGAAAAUACGUUAAUUUAAAAUAAGUGUCAAGAGCUGAACUUUUGACUUUCCAAAUACGUUUUUUUUUUCUUUUAAAAAUAACGUACUCUUAGGCAUAACAUUCAUCAAAAGUGACUCAAUGCUUUCUUAACCCUCCUGUUACGAUUAUUUUUAACAGUAACGUUCCUUAGUCGGUUUUUCACCGCCCGAAAUUGUCAGAAAUGCAGUGGACAUUAUAUUUUUUUUUUCCCAACACAUAACAGGAGGGUUAACAUGCGUCGGAUUAUCAUCAGUUAUGAGGUUAGUCGUAGCACUGUGCCAAUAAAUCGAUUAUCAGAUUAAUGGAGAUUUGACACGUGACGAUUCGAUUACGAUUCAUAAAUGUUAAAAAACAAUGGUUUUCCCUAAUAACUUAAUGACACCCAUUGCUAGUGGAACGAAAUUCAAAACACGUCUUCCACCUGGACACCUUAAGGACGCACAAGGUUAGGAUGGCUGCAGCUGAAGUUACUGAGCGAGAGAUUUACUCCUGUUCAAAACAAUCGAAAAUAAAUUUGUGUAUGAGACAGGCAGGGACCCGGCAGUCGCGCCUUGGGUCCUCUUCUGUGCGCAAGUUAUUUUUUAGAGUGUGAGGGGAAGAGAGAUAAUUUGUUGCUCCUUGCCUUUCAGUUGUCCAAUAGUAGGUUCAAGUUGUGUUAAUUGGAAAAUGUCGCCUAGUUUGUUGUUUAGUCCCGUGCGUCUAUAAGAGGUGAGUACACGAACUCUCUUGUACUGUUUAGCCUUUAUUGUUGUUGUUUAUGAGAUGUUACUAGUUAGCGCCAAGCGCUAUGCUAAUUAGCAAAUUCGCUAAAUUUCCAUGUCCAUUUGUGCGUUGUUUGGUGCUGUACAAAUGUUGCUCCAGAUGCAGAACGUGUAAAACCAGGAUUAAGUACAGCAGUAACACUACAAACGUGCGAAAUAAAUAGUACAGAGAUCUGUGAAAACAAAGUAUUUUGGUGAAAAGAAGUCUGAUUCCUAAAGAAAAUUUGUUUGUUUCCUGAAAAUGUGGAAGUCAUUCCACCAGUGUAAAUUUUAUUGUAUUGUUGAGAGGAAUAUGUACUGCCUUUGAAACAGCUAAUGUUUUAACGCCGUCUUGUAAAAAAGAGCAGCUUAAGGUGAAGGUCAGCUGUGUUGUAUAGGCAUGUUGAGAAAUAAGUACUGCCUUUGAAAUGGUUAAUGUUUUUACACGUUCUUGUUAAAAAAAAAAAAAAAAACAGCUUAAGGGCAGCUUUUUGUUGUAUGGGCAUGUUUUCAUCGUUCCUGUUCAAUCAUUAGGAUAUUUUAAAUAAAUAAUGGAGAUAAAUUUGUCUGGCUACUUUAUUAAUAAUGUAUGAGGCAUCGAUAAUUGUGACAAUCGUGAUCAAUAUCAAAACCGUGAUCAUCGUUCAAUGAUUGAAUCGUAGCACCCUGAAUCGUAAUCGAAUCGUGGGGUGCAUUAGGCAGCACACCCCUAGUUUAUAGUAUUCUCAACAGAAUUGGGGUAAUCUUUAUUGUUGCCUUUUGUACGUAAUGAAAUGUAUUAACUUGUAAGAAAAUGGAUGGAUGAGAGUGGUUGCAACAGAAAGGACCCAGCUCCUAAAAUAUGUUGAAAAAGAGCAGGUUUGCCCCCUUAUCCUCGCUGUACUUAGUAAAUAUGUGGUAUUUUAACAAUAGCCCCUUUCAUAACCGUAGAGAAUUUCACAUGUUCACCAAGUAGGACAUCACUGUCGCAAUGUCCGUUCAUUGGACAGCAAUAAUUGCAAAUUGCAAGGCUGGAGAAGCGUGUUUGUUUACAUCCCUGCUUUUCACCAUUCCCUUUCACACAGCCAAUGUUGCAACACCUCAAUGUCGCUUAAAUACGGCAAUAAUUCCCCACUAUUUCGGGGGACUGCUAUUCCUUAAAAACUGGGAAAUUUGUUGGAUUCGUUCUAUUCUUUGUGUCACGGACCAGACACAGGAAGAGGCCAGCUUUGACAGGCAGUGUGAAAGGGGUAAAAUGAUAGCAGUGCUUCUACAGUAUGUGCUUAGAUGAGGCUGAGGUACUUGCAGUAUUAAAGUUCAGAAAAGAUGAGUGGAAUGUGGUCCUAUUUAGGAGCGCCCACACAAACACACCUCACCCACAACAGCUCUUUUAGGCAGUCGGUUGUGUAAAGCUGGCAAGAAAAACGGUCCCCAUUUGCAUCUUAUGCCUGCUUCGACAUCUUUUUUUUUUUUAAAUUGGAUAACAAUAAGCUCUUGGCCAGUUUGCCCUGUAAGCUUUAAAGGAGACAUAUUAUGCUUUUCAAAGACAAAUUAAAACACCUCAUAAAUGAUCCGCCUCUGUAUCAUUGUGUUUUGGAAACUACUUUUAGUCAGGCCGCAUAUUCUCCAUGGGAAAAAUCACCAAACAUACACACAAUUAAUACACAAUUGAAAUUCUGGCUGACAUUUUUCCACAUAUACUAAUUGCCGCAGGUCGACAGUACAAUGAAUUUGGACAAAACAUUGUCGCAAACUAUUUGUAAAUAUUGUAAAAGGCUAAUCUUUACUAAGUCUUUACUUUGGCUUGUCAUUCACAGGUAUUGUUUACUGUAAAACGAACAUGUUAAACAAAUAAUUAAAAGUUAGAAAAAAACAAAAACAAUAAACUUGUGCUAAUUAGAGGCAUGGUGAUAAGUGGUUAGCAUGUCUGCCUCACAGUUCUGAGAUCAAGAAUUUCUACCCCACUUCCUAAAAGCUAGCUAUAUGCUAAUCAUAAACCUUGACUCUAUGGCUAUUUAGAACAGAAUGAGUGACAUUGCUACGUGAAGGUGGCUCCAUUGACAGGACGAACUAAAGCUUUAGCUAAAUUCUCAAUGAAAGGCAACACACAAAAUAUGUACUUUGUAUUUUUAAUUUAACACCGGCACCUGUGGGAACCCAACUUUUUCCAAACAAUCAAAUAAAAAAGUACAUUUUCCAUAAUACGUCCCCUUUUUAUUUCACUGGGCAAAAAUAAGGGAUGUUUGCCAUGGCGGUGCUUGAAGGCUACAUACUGUUGCUGUUUUUGUAUGUUGUUGCAUAUUUUCCAGACUUAGGAACUGUGGGAAAUAAUGACUGCUGCUGCAGGUCAAAUGACGUUGCAAGGGGAAGGCAAUGCAGAAAAAUUUGACUAUGUGAUGAACUUCUUGAAAAACAUGGCGGGAAAUGAGUACGUUGGUUUCAGCAACGCCACAUUCCAGUCUGAGCGAGAGUCAGGGGACAGGAACUUUGCCAUCGGAUACUACUUGAAGGAAAAAAAGUGUUUUCCUGAGGGGACAGACAUGACAUCUGUACUGGAUCUCUACUUUCAGCUGUGUUCCAUUGAAGUGAACUGCGAGAGCGCCAGUGUCAUGGCCGCCACCCUGGCUAACGGCGGCAUCUGUCCCAUCUCGGGCGAGCGCGUUCUCAGUCCCGAGGCCGUAAGAAACACGCUCAGCCUCAUGCAUUCCUGCGGCAUGUACGACUUCUCCGGACAGUUCGCCUUCCAUGUGGGUCUGCCGGCAAAGUCGGGUGUAGCAGGUGGGAUACUGCUGGUGGUGCCCAACGUGAUGGGAAUUAUGUGCUGGUCGCCACCCCUAGACAAGAUGGGCAACUCUGUCAGAGGGAUUCAGUUUUGCACGGAUCUGGUGGAACUUUUUAAUUUCCACAAUUAUGACAACUUGAGGCACUUUGCGAAGAAGCACGAUCCGCGCCGAGAGGGAGGGGAACAGCGGGUCAAGUCUGUCAUUAACUUGCUGUUUGCUGCCUACACAGGAGACGUCUCUGCGCUGAGAAGGUUCGCCUUGUCGUCAAUGGACAUGGAGCAGAGAGACUAUGACUCCAGAACGGCCCUCCAUGUGGCAGCGGCUGAAGGUCACAUGGAGGUCGCACGUUUCCUGCUGGAGGCUUGUAAGGUCAACCCCGUCCCUAAAGACAGGUGGGGAAACACACCUAUGGACGAGGCAGUCCACUUCGGCCACCACGACCUGGUCGCCGUCCUGCAGCCAUACGCCGAUAAACAACGGCCGGCUGACGACACCGGCGACAAAGAGAGUGUGGAGAAGAGUCUGGACAGUUUGCUUUAGGAGCGCCAGUUCGGAUUUAUUGUAUCUUUGAGCUGGGAGGACUGGCAGCGAAUGAUCAUGUUUCAAUGUGCCAUUGACAGCAAUCGAUCGCUGCCAGCUAGGGGUGUGACACUACAGUGGUACGAAAAAGUAUCUGAACCUUUUAAAAUUUCUCAAAUUUCUGCAUAAAAUCACCAUCAAAUGUGAUUUGAUGUUUGUCAAAACCACACAGAUGAAAAAAAGCGUCUGCUUUAACUAAAACCACCUAAACAUUUAUAAACAUAAUAUUCAUAUUUUAUUGAGGAAAGCAUGUAAACAAUGACAGAAGGGGAGGAAAUAAGUAAGUGAACACUCUGCCUUAGGAGACUUAAUUGAAACCAAUUUUUACCAAACAAUUUAAGUCAGGUGUGUGCCCAAUAACUGAUGAGUGGUUUAAAGCUGCCCUGCCCACUAUAAAACACACACCUGAUAAGAAUUGUCUUAAUGAGAAGCAUUGUCUCAUGUGCAUCAUGACUCGGUCAAAAGAGCUGUCUGAAGACCUGCGAUCAAGGAUUGUUGAUUUGUAUAAAGCUGGGGAAGGAUACAAAACAAUCUCUAAAAGUCUGGAUGUUCUUCAAUUGACAGCCAGAGAAGUUGUCUACAAAUGGAGAGAGUUUGGCACUGUUGCUUCGUUCCCAAGGAGUGGCCGUCCACCAUGAUGCCAAGAGUUCAGCGCAGAAUACUCAGAGAGGUAAAAUGAACCUUAGAGUUUCCGCUAAAGACUUGCAGAAAUCACUGGCGCAUUCCAAUGUCGAUGUGCAAACAUCAACUAUUUGUAAAACUAUGACCAAGAAUGGUGUUCAUGGGAAGACUCCACGGAGGAAGCCACUGCUGUCUAAAAAAAACAGGAAAAAAAUUGUUGCUAGUUUAAUGUUCGCAAAAAAGCUCUUAGACGCUCCACAGAAGUUUUGGCAAAAUAUUUUGUGGACUGAUGAAAAUAAAGUUGAAUUGUUAGUAACAUACGUCAUGUGUGGAGGAAAAAUGGAACAGCUCACCAACAUCAACACCUCAUCCCCACCGUGAAGCAUGGUGGAGGGAGCAUCAUGAUUUGGGGCUGUUUUGCUGCCUCAGGGCCUGGACAACUUGCGAUCAAUAAUGGAGGAAUGAAUUCAAGUUUCUCAGGAUGUUUUGCAGGAAAACCUAAGACGGUCUGUCAGCCAGUUGAAGCUACAAGACAAUGAUCCAAAACACAGAAGUAAAUCAACUUCAGAAUGGUUUCAGAAGAACAAAAUACACGUUCUGGAGUGGCCAAGUCAAAGUCUAGACUUGAACUCCAUUGAGAUGCUGUGGCAAGACCUAAAGACAGCACUUCAUGCUAAACAGCCCGGGAAUCUGACUGAGCUACAGCAGUUUUGUCGAGAAGAAUGGGCCAAUAUUAGUCCUAAAUGAUGUGCCAGACUGAUGUGCAGCUACAGGAAGCGUCUGGUUGAAGUUAUUGCUGCCAAAAGGGGGGGGCUAAAAAUAUUAAAUCUAAUUGUUCACUUACUUAUUUUUCCCCCUUCUGUCAUUGUUUGCAUACUAUCCUCAUUAAAAUAUAUAAAUGUUUGGAUGGUUUUAGUUAAAGCAGACAGUUUUUUCAUCUGUGUGAUUUUGACAAAGAUCAGAUCAAAUUUGAUGGCGAUUUUAUGCAGAAAUGUAAACAUUUCCAAAUGGACUUUUUCAUACCACUGUAUAUCAAAAAGGUCGCGAUACUUUGUAGGCCACAAGUUUGAUAUGCUCCUGCCAAGAAUUAAUAUAUCAUUUUAAAAAGGUGUCACUCUCUGAAUUAGUAAAAAAAAAAAAAAAUAGAUUGCUACCAAAAUCUAUUAGAAUAGCGUUUUCGUUAGCUCACAUGCUGCCAAUAGCAAUGCUAGACAUCCAAUUCAUUUUGAUUGGCUUGGUCUUGUAGCACAAUCAAUGGCACUGAAACCAGAGCAUUCACAGCCAGUCUUUUGUGGGUAUUUACAGGUCAUUUCCUGUUCAUUUUAGGGCAUUUAGAUGUUACUUCCUGUUGAUUUUGAGUCACUUUCUAUUCAAUUGGGGACAUUCUUGAGUCACUUCGGUAACACUUUAUAAAAACUAUCUAUUUUACUAGUUAAUAGCUCAUUAGUAAACUGUUGAGAAAUUAUUUAUUGUUGAUUUGUGAAGUAUUUGUUAACAGUUUGUUAAGCAUUUACAGGGUGUUCUAAUAUGGUUGACCCCAUUCUAAAUGCCCAUGCUAGUUGAUGGAUCUUAAUAAAACUAUAUACAGUGGGGAGAAGAAGUAUUUGAUACACUGCCGAUUUGGCUGGUUUUCCCACUUGCAAGCCAUGUAGAGGUCUGUAAUUUGUAUCAUAAAUUCUCUUCAACUGUGAGGGACGGAAUCUAAUACAAAAAUCCAGAAAAUCACGUUGUAUAAUUUUUAAAUAAUAAAUUUGUAUUUAACUGCAUGAAAAAAGUAUUUGAUACAUUACCAACUAGUAAAUAUUUUGGCUCUUAGUUCUUUUUUAAGAACCCCUCCUGUUCGCCACUCAUUACCGGAAGUAACUGCACCUGUUUGAACUUGUUACCUGUAUAAAAGACACCUGUUCACAUGCUAAAACAAACAAACUCCAACCUCUCCACAAUGGCCAAGACCAAAGAGCUGUGUAAGGACAUCAGGGAUACCUGCACAAGGCUGGGAUGGGCUACAGGAAAAUAAGCAAGCAGCUUGGUGAGGAGGUAACAACUGUUGGAGCGAUUAUUAGAAAAUGGAAGAAGUUCAAGUUGACGGUCAAUCUGCCUCGUUCUGGGGCUCCAUGCACGAUCUCACCUCGUGAGGCAUGACUGAUCAUGAGGAAGGUGAGGGAUCAGCCCAGAACUACACGGCAGGACCUAGUCAAUGACCUGAAGAAAGCUGGAACCACAGUCGCGAAGAAAACCAAUCGGUCCACAUUACGCCGUCAUGGAUUCAAAUCCUACAGCGCACGCACGGUCCCGCUGCUGCAGCCAGUGCAUGUCCAGACACAUCUGAAGUUUGCCACUGACCAUCUGAAUGAUCCAGAGGAGCAAUGGGAGAAGGUCAUGUGGUCGGAUGAGAUCAAAAUUGAACUUUUUGGUCUAAACUCGGCUUGUCGUGUUUGGAGGAAAAAGAAGGAUGAGUACAACCCCAAGAACACCAUCCCAACUGUGAAACAUGGAGGAGGAAACAUUGUUUGGGGCAGCUUCUCUGCCAAGGGUACAGGACGAAUGCGCCGUAUUGAGGAUGGAUGGGGCUAUGUAUUGCCAGAUCUUGGCUGACAACCUCCUUCCUUCAGUGAGAGUCCUGAAGAUGGGUCGUGGCUGGGUCUUCCAGCAUGACAACGACCCAAAGCAAACAGCCAAGGCAAUUAAAGAGUGGCUCCGUAAGAAGCAUCUUAAGGUCCUGGAGUGGCCUAGUCGGAUCUGAACCCGAUAGAAAAUCUAUGGAGGGAGCUGAAAGUCCGUGUUGCCCGGCAGCAGCCCCGAAACCUGAAGGCUCUGGAGAAGAUCUGCAUGGAGGAGUGGAUCAAAAUCCCUGCUGCAGUGUGUGCAAACCUUGUCAAGGACUACAGGAAACGUUUGGUAUCUGUCAGGGCCGGCCCAGGCCAUUUGGGGGCCCUAAGCAAAAUAAUGCAAAGGGGCCCAUAUUUUUGGCCCACCAUUUCGUCACAGUGUACUGUGAAACCCAUACAUGCAGUCCAACCCAUACGUCCAUAUUUUGUAUAUUAAUCAGAUUUUGUUGCACUGCAUACUUCAAACUCCAAAUGAUUGUCAGUACUUACAGUAGAUUGUGCCUAACCUGUUUCUAAAAGAGGAAAGAAAGAAGUUAAGGAAGAACUUUUUUUUUUUUUAAGCUUGUGAUCAAGUAUCAAAACUCACAAAAGUCAAAUAAAGCAAACUGUAGUUAACAAAAUAGAAUAUGAAUUAAACAAUUGCCAGAUUGGGGGCCCCCUAGUGGUCAGGGGCCCUAAGCAGCUGCAUAGUCUGCGUAUAGGCUGGGCCGGCCCUGGUAUCUGUAAUAGCAAACAAAGGUUUCUGUACCAAAUAUUAAGUUCGAUUUUAGUGAUGUUUCAAAUACUUAUUUCAUGCAAUUAAAUGCAAAUUUAUUAUUUAAAAAUCAUACAACGUUAUUUUCUGUUUUUUUUUUUUGUAUUAGAUUCCGUCCCUCACAGUUGAAGAGAACUUAUGAUACAAAUUACAGACUUCUACAUGCUUUGCAAGUGGGAAAACCAGCAAAAUCGGCAGUGUUUCAAAUACUUGUUCUCCGCACUGUACACUUUAUGUUGAAGGUCAUAAGUUUUAUUGGUUAAAUAUUCAAAGAAAAGUACAAAUAUUUGUUGGUUCUAUGGCAGAUUUUCAUAAAUGUGCAACAUGAGCGCUGCCUGCAAAAUACCUUAUCAAAAUGCCUUUUCUUUUGAAGUGAACGGCAUUUGUUAACCCAAAAAGAUAGAAAUGCCAAACGUUACACACAAAAACCUGAAAGGUUUCUACACAAACUGUGUUUCAGGUUAAGAACAACAACAAAUACUUCAUAAAUCAACAAUAAAUCAUUUAUCAACAGUUUACUAAUGAUCUAUUAACUAGUAAAACGGAUAGUUAUUAUAAAGUGUUACCGUCACUUCUUUUUCAGUAACCCGCAAAUAACAGGAAAUGACCUGAAAUGCCCCAAAAUUCAGUCACUGCCUAGCAAUGGCUGGCACUGACGUCUACUUGAGAUAAAGUCAUUCCAAUUUACAGAAGGAUAAAAAGAUACAAAUUAUCGUGACAUAUAUCGCCAUCAAUGGCAGCCAAUUAUUUAAUAUGUCAAGAAAUAUCUAAAAGCUGAAUAUGUCAUCUAUUAUCUCCUUGUUAUUGUUCUCAGUGGGCUUUUUUUUUUGGAGUGUUGUGCGUUCCCAUGUGAAAAUGGAUUUGUUCUUGUUUGACCAUUGUGUAAUUGUUGAAAAGUUGAUCGAAAUUUUGCUGUUUGAUGAGUGACCUGUGUACAACGCAUCUGUUUAUCAACUCACACGAAGAAGAAUGUAUUUGAAAUAUAUUUUUCAGUUUGACUUGAAGAGCUCUUUUCCAAAAUGACAAAUUGGGAAGAAAAAAAAAAAAAACCUAGUAACCGUCCGAAAUAAGUAUUUAUGAAUUUGUUUUGGGAAAGAACUCAAGUUUUUGUUAAAAAAUGUACACCAACUAAAAGAUGGUUAGAUGGAUUUAUUUUUCUUGAAUAGUGAUGAUGUUUUUGUGGAAGUGUCGUUUAAAAUGGAAAACGUUUAUUCAGAGCUACAAGGUAGGUCGGCAAGCACAAUGAAGUCUCAACUUGGCACAUUCCAUUUUCACAGUCAAUGAGCACAUUGAUAGAUCCUUGUAGUUUGUAUCUAAAGUUAUGAUAACUAAAGUGUCCCAGUUGAUAAUCCUGGUGUGCUGUGAUUACUUGGCAAAUCUAGUUAAAAAAAAUUUUUUUUUUUUGGUUUUAAACUGAGGAUCCUGCCCUAAUAUGUCGGGAAAAAAUAAUCAUGUCCGCACCAGCACGUUUGUAGAAGAAAAAAAAAACUUCCACAGCCAACUACAUUGAUUUAUUUUUAAGUACAUUUAUAGCAAUGACAGUGGCGGUGGAAAUCGACGUCUUAAUUGAAUCUCUAAAACUGGCCAGGGGUGGGUAGAGUACCCAAAUAUUUUACUCAAGUAAGAGUAGCGUUACUUCAAAAUAAUAUUACCGGAAUUUUCGGACUAUAAGGCGCACCUGACUAUAAGCCGCCACAAUUUUUGUUCAGAUAAGCUGCACUAGAGUAUAAAGAGACCGCGAGAAAAAAAAGUGGUAUUUGCUAUGUAGCUAAAUGGAUUUUGCCAUGUGGCAUUUUUUUGGUAUGUGGCCAAAUAGAUUUUCACAUGUGGUAUUUUUUUGGGUGUGUGGCAAAAUGGAUUUUGCCAUGGGGCAUUUUUUGGGGGGUGGGUAUAAGGCAAUUUUUUGGGGUAGUUUUGCAGGCCAUGCACGUCCAUGCAAUUGACGGCCAUGCACGUUCAAAUUUUCCAUUCAUGGUCAAAAAUCACAGCCACACGUGUUUUUCUGCCAUUUAAAAUGAAUGGAAAAUCUGGACAUGCAUAACCAUCAAUGGCAUAGUCUGACUUGGGUGUCCGUUGAAUGUCGAUGUCAUUGCCAUGU